AAGAAUGUGAUAGCACAAUGCCGAAUUUGCCUCGGGCGACGGGAAUCCAAACCCUCUGUACAUGCAAUGGGAAAUAAUUCUCUUGUCCCUUCAUCAGUGACAGGGGACAUUUUCUACGUUGAUUGAUUGGAGUUGUCUGAAUGCCAGACAGGUGUCCUGAACUCUUUGUCCGUUAAACAGAUGAGCAACAGGCUAAGGUGGAAGUGAGUGACGAGAAGGUCGGUGUGUCCAGGUUUGGAUUUGCAUAGCUGUGCUGUGUGGCUAGAGCUUCAGUUCCAAGCAGCACAGUUUCACAUACACAUCUCCCAGAGCCUGAGAGCAGUUUACUGGAAGACAAAGCGUAGUAGGAACAGAAGAGCAGGAAAGCACAGUAACAAACAGUAUCUUCACCUGCUGGAGAGAGAGAGAAAGAGAGAGGAGGAGAGGACCUCACAGAGAACAGGCUAGGUGUGGUACUCCGAAGACUGAAACAAACAGCGGUGAGGAGGUUGGGGCCCCACGCUGGCUGCAUAGAAGCCGAGAGAGGCAGAGUGAAGAUCAGCUAGAGUGUCCACAGAACACUACUACAGAACCACACAGGUCCGGUCCAGUCCGGUCCACAGAGGGAGAGAGAGAGGGAGAGUGAGAGAGAGGAAGAGCAAGAGAGAGAGAGAGAGAGGGGAAGAGAGAGAGACAGACCAGCACCUGUCCUGUCUUUUCCAUAGUGGAAAACAUCAGUUUACGGUUACAACAGCAGGACUGUGGACUUGCAGAAUGUCCAAGCAGCCAUCUUCUAAUGUAAAAGCCCUGCAGGCCAACCUUAAUAUUCCAAUGGGAGCUCUGCGUCCUGGGGCAGGCCAUCCUAUAAAGAGGAAAGAGGAGACAGUGGAAGCAGAGGAGGCGUCGCCGGUAAGCCCAGAGGAGAAGAAAGCCCUGCCCGGAGCUGUGAAACUGCCUGGCCCAGCUGUCAACCUCUCAGAGAUUCAAAAUGUCAAGAGCGAGCUCAGAUGGGUCACCAAGGAAUAGAAAGACAGAUGACACCUCCCCGUUCCUGCCAACCCUCCAGUUUAUCCCAAACAGAGGAAGGAAUCAACAGUUCAGCUCUGUGAACCUUCAGUCUCUGUCUGUCCAACAGUCUCUCUGUGCAUCAACUACUGUGCAAGUGCAACCUCAACAAAAUCUUACCCACUAAAAAAUCUGCCACAGCAACAACAAAAAACUCCUCAAAGUACUGAAACGACAAAGUCAAUCCAGCGCACAUCAACAUGUAUGACUCACUCAGUCUGUUCCACACACUCUUCAAUGACCAUCCUUAAAGCGAAACAGACCUUCUGAAGACCUGACGAGGCCAGGCGGGG